ACGUUGGCCUCCCACCCCACAGCUCCCAUGCCCCCCCAAUGGGGCUGGUGUUGUUCCAGGCUGUGCUGUGCCCCAUUCCCUUGCUGUGGUGAAUUCUGCUCUUCCUGCCCUGCUGACAGCUUGCUGGGUGCUGGGCAGCCAUGAGGAGCUCCGCUCUGUGCUCUCAGUGCUGCCCUCCCCAGCAGCAGCCCCUGAUCUGAAGGGCCGUCGCCUCCCGUCGCUCUGACGCAGCCCUGAGGAACGCCGUCCUGUGACCAAGGGCUCAGCUCAUAACACCUGGCUGUUGUAGGGCGGAAUUCAGCCCCGCAGCAGUUUGACAUCAGUGCGUCACUCUGGUGGGGAACAGGACGGCGUUGGGAAGCAGAUGGGAUCACAGCUGAGGUCCCACACCUGUGAGCUCGCUGGGGACGUGUGGCACAGCCCCACACCUGCGCUGCCCUCCAUCCCAGCAGAGCUCUGGACGGGUGGUGAGCAGCGCUGCGCUCGUGCUUGGAAAAUGAGUCGUUCCCUUUGCAGCCCUGACUCACCAGCCCCACGCUGCUCGUGUUUUCCACCUGCAAUGUGCUGCUGGCCGGGAGCUGUUUGUAACUCACAGGGAGAGCACAGAGCUCCGGGACGGAGCUGACGUCCCAACCCAGAGACCCACUGUGAGCACACAGCUCUGCUUCCUCGCUGGGUGAGAUGUGACCGUGGGCGGGAGCAGCAGCUGAGAUGCAUUCGAGCCACGCUGAUGACCCCAAGGAAGUCAUCCAGCUGAUCAAGAAGCAGCUGGUGAGCUCCAUCAAGGCCCUGCAGAAGCAGUACGUCUCCUCGGACGCCGUGGUGACCAGCGAUGACGGGAACGCCAACACCCUGUGCAGCGCCCUGGAGGCCGUCUUUGUGCAUGGGCUGAAGGCAAAGCACAUCAGGACAGAGGCAGGGGGCAAAGGGAGGAAAGCAGGCGGCCGGCUGCUGCUCCCCCAGCCCGUCUUCUGGGCCCUGCUGAAGAGCAUCACGCACCGGAACAUCAUCUCAGAGCUGGAGCAGCUCAUUUUCAUCACCACGGACGUGGGCCGCUGCCGGGCCUGGCUGAGGCUGGCUCUGAACGACGGAUUGCUGGAGUGCUACCUGAAGCUGCUGCUGCGUGAGCGCUCCCGCCUGCCCGAGUUCUACCAACCCGCGGCGCUGCUCCUGGACGCCGAGGAGUGCGAGUUCCUCCUGAGCUACCUGCAGGGCUUGUCGUCCCUCACCUUCCAGCUGUCCUACAAGUCAGCAGUGCUCAACGAGUGGACCGUCACCCCGCUGUCCCUCUCGGGGCUGUGCCCUGCAGCCGAGCUGCUGGAGCCCCCGACGGCCGAACCUCAGAGAAAAGCAUCCCUGGGCUCCAUCUCCCAAUCUUCAGGCUCCGAUGAGAUUGAAAUCCAGCCCUCAGCGCUGCCCAUCGGCAAAGCAGGCGACAAACCCAAGCGGACAUCGUCCUCGCUGAGCCUGAACACCACGGGUUCGUCGCAGCUGUCCUCCAGCCUGGGCUCUGACGGCGUGCAGCCCCACUGCGCCCGCAGCCCCGAGCGCGGCGAUGAGCCGCUGUCCUGCGACUCCGACGUGGGCACGGCCACGGCCGAGGACCUGGACAGGUCGCUGCAAGAGGUGCUCUCUGAGUUCAGGAGAGCUGAGCCGAGCAUUGGUGCCCCAUCGGAGCGGCCGAUCCCUGCUGUGCUGGGCUGCUCCCCACCACCCCCCGAGGACGCCCACCCACCGCCUUCCCCACCACCAGCCGAGGCCUGCAGCGCUCCGCAGGAGGAGGACAGCAUCCCGACCCCACAGCACGUGGAUGGGGGGAAGGAAGGCCGCGUGGCGCGCAGCCCUGCUGCCAAAUUCCUCUGCUCCCCGCUGCCAGGCUGCCCGAAUAGGAAGAGCUGGAUUUCGGAAGACGAUUUCUACAGACCUUCAGCAGGAGAGAGCGAUGAAAUCCCAGCUGACGCCAACGGCUUUGUGCCAGAUGGGGCCGGGGAGGGCCCGACCUCAGGGCUGCUCAGUGCUUUGGAUUUGGAAAGGUCGUCCCCACCGUCCUCGCAGGGCCCCAGGCUGUCCCCCGAGCGAGAGCAGAAGGGUUUCAGUGUCGUGCAUCGCCGGCAGAUGGGUCUCUCCAACCCUUUCCGGGGCCUGCUGAAGCUGGGCAGCCUGGAGCGGCGCGGAGCCAUGGGCAUCUGGAAGGAGUUCUUCUGCGAGCUGUCGCCGCUGGAGCUGCGGCUCUUCCUGGACCACGAGGAUCGCAGCUGCGUGGAGAGCUUCUCCCUGCUGCGCUGCGAGUCGCUGGCGCUGACGCAUGCGGAUGGACGCUUUGAGCUGGUGUUCCUGGGGAAAAAGCUGUGCUUGAGGGCUCCUUCCCGGGACGAGGCUGAGGACUGGCUGGAUCGGAUCCGCGAGGCGCUGCGCAAGUGCCGCCCGCAGCUGGAGGAGGAGGAGUGGGAGACGCUGGCGUGCCCCGAGGACGGGGGGGAUGGCGGCGAGCCUGCUGCUCCGCUCCAGUGUGAAGCGCCUGGGAACGGCUUGGACUGGACUUUAUCCCACAAACCAGAGCUGGAUGCCAUCAAAGAGUCCGUUCUGUACGCGGACGUAGAUAAGACGUGGGUCCCUUUUAUCUUCUCCCUCUCGUUGGAAACCUUGAAGUGCUUUAAAGUGCGGAACAACGACAAAAUCUUAAGCAACAGUUACGGCAUAGAGACGAUCCAGGACAUCCUCCCCGACACCAGCCUGGGGGGACCCUCCUUCUUCAAGGUGAUCACCUCCAAAGCUGUGCUGAAACUGCAGGCUGAGAGCGCGCAGGAGGCUGCGGCGUGGAGGGAGCUGGUGCGAGCGGUGCUGGGCUCCUACCUGGAGGCAGCCGAGGAGGCACUGACCCUGGGGGGCAGCUUGGACGGCCAUUCCCAGGUGCUGCUGAAGAGCAUGGUGAAGGAGAACGGCUUCUUGUUGCAGUACCUGGUGGCCAUCCCCGUGGAGAAGGGGUUGGACUCGCAGAGCUUCAUCUGCGCAGGCUGCUCCAGGCAGAUCGGCUUCUCCUUCGCCAAACCCAAGCUCUGUUCCUACUCCGGCCUCUACUACUGCGACAGCUGCCACCGGGACGACGAGGCGCUCAUCCCCUCACGCCUCAUCCACAACUGGGACCUGAGCAAGAGAGGGGUUUGCCGUCAGGCGCUGAAGUUCCUCACCCAGAUCCGCAAGCAGCCGCUGAUCGAUCUCAAGUUGGUCAAUGAGAGCCUCUACGACCAUGUGGAGAGGAUGAGGCGCGUGCGGCGGAGCCGGGAGCAGCUGAAGCUGUUGGGGGAUUACCUGAGCGUGUGCCGCAGCGGGGCCCUGAAGGAGCUGAGCAAACGCCUGGAUCACAGGAACUACCUCCUGGAGUGCCCCCACAAGUACAGCGUGGCCGACCUGCAGCAGAUCUCCGACGGCGCCUUCGAGCCCUUCCUGCUCUCGCUGAUCCAUUUUGCGUCGCACCACGUCUACAGCUGUGAGCUGUGCACACAGCGGGGCUUCAUCUGCCAGAUGUGCAGCAGCAGCGACAUCAUCUUCCCCUUCCAGCUGGAUUCCACCUCCAGAUGCAAAGACUGCAAAGCUGUUUUCCACCGGGAAUGCUUCGACAGCAGCACUGCCUGCCCGCGCUGCGAGCGGCGGCGGCGCUACCGACAGGAACAGCAGGAGGAGGAGGAGGAGGAGGAAGGCGGCGCGGGGCCGAUGCCAUAGAGCCAGCAGCCAUCCCAAAGGCGGUGGCAGAUGAUGCCCCAAAAGCACGUGGUGCACAACUGGCCGUCGGCCCAGGAGCUGUUGGGCAGCAUGUGGCACUGGGGGCUGGGCCUGCGCCCAAAAGACCCCACAGCCAAUGGGGGGUGGAUGAGCA